AUGGAUAGUGAUGAAGAAGCCUAUUGGGAGGAGCUUGGUGAAGGAGAUCUCGAAGGAAUCAUUUCUGGACUCGCCAAUGAUGCAGAAUCGAUUACGGUUUUGAGUAUAAUGAUGAGAAGCACAAACCAGAGAUCCAAUACCUUGCAAAGCUUGGUGGAGAUGUUCCUGCAGUCCAUGUACACCCCACAAAAGGUGAUCGAGACGCUCAAACGAAUGGUAGUUUCUGUGUCUGUCAAUGCAAUCUUCGCAGCUACACGCUCAUUAUUGGCGCAAACUCACCGCACACUCCACUCGCUUGGACAAUCACUCCUCGCUGCCUAUGUGUAUGACAAUUUUGACGUCGACCUGAAAACUCAUGAGCACAAGAUCAAAAACUCAACUGAAUCACUGAAACAUCUUACAUCCAGCUUAAUGUUCCCUCUGCAGCACUGCGCUUCACAAGAAGAUCUCAGAUGUUCUGAGGAGCUAUGGCUGAAGUUGUCUCUCAACCUUCGAGCAGAAGUGUUGCUGAAACAGGGGUGGAAGGACUUGCUCAGCCUUCAACCAGACACACCAAAUCUAGCAGGACUUACCCGUCACCGGCUGCAUGAACCAGAGCUCGUUGAGGGCAUCCCCAUCGUCAAAACACCCACUAUGGCUGCAUUAGCAAUGGAUGUUAGCAACUCUACUGUCGCUGGAAAUAUACAAAGUGUUAUCAACUUACUCAAGCAAGGCGGGAUCACGGAACCUGAUAUCUUUGAUGAUCCUGAGAUCCCCGAUAUCUCAGAGGAUGCCAUUAUGUUUCAUGGUGACCUGGGCACAGGUGAACGACUCCAAGCAGUACAGCAGUGCUGUGCAAUUGAAAACUCACCUUGGGAUUGA